AUAUGAUCAAUGUAAAUAAACAAAGAGUUUAUUUCUUGUUGUCCGACGCUGUAGCGGUGAUUAGCUAUCCUCCGAAGCAAUAUGAUUUCUAAUUACGUCGAUACUUAAGAAAUUGGCUUAUUUUUAUUAACAUAAUGUCUAAUAAUCGCGGAGAAAAAAAUGUUUUACUUUUAUUGUUAAACCGGGAACGAUAUCCGAAGUCUAGUCCGUAUCGAGCGAAUAAAAUCCUACGGAAUCUUAUUUUAGCAGAAAAUAGGACUUAUUAUAAUAUGUGGUGGGAAAAAUCAUUGAAGCCAAUAAUAUAUGAAGGAGGGCAUUUUUAUUUCAACAAUUAUAAUGUGUGUACUACACUUUACGGUAAAAAUUGUAGGCCUUGUUUUUCUCAUUCUUUCAAACAAACAUCCGCUAUGAGAAAAAUUAUUGAUGCAAUUACAUACACUUCACCAGUUUAUAAAACUAUUAAACAAUCUGUUGAUAAUCCUCUAGAAAAUAUACCUUUGUCAAGAUAUAUUAUAUACAUAACUAAAGAUGAUUGGCUUUGUCAGCACAAAUGGGAGAAUGGAUCUUUAAUGAAUGAAAUAUAUAUUAAGCCGUAUAACGAAAAUAUAUCAUUCUUGCAUUGUGACUGGAAUAGUUAUUCUGAGCAAUUUGUUCUCAACUCGGUGCUAAAUCCUAAAGGGACAAAGAAAUCAAAUAAUGUUGUAACUAUUCUUGCAGUUUUUACAGUUUACCCUCUCGAAUUUCAUGCAAUGUUUGAAAUUAAGCGUAGUGCAUUUGGAAGAAACUGCCAACACGUCAAUGUAUCUGAUCAGAUGAUGAUUUUAGGAAUGGGACAGCAUGGUGUACACAUGUACAAUUUCAAAGAUGUGUUAAAUGAAGGAAAUUUACAACCGUACAGAAUUGGUGAACAGUAUGGUUCAGAAGGCAAAGUUGGUGUCUUUCCUACAGGACUCCCCUUUAAUUUGAUUGUUAAUUCUGCACCACCUCUUUUAUUUAAUGUUCAAUGUCAUGACCAAAUUGUUCAUUUUGGUGGCUACCCUUUGCAUUAUAUUUAUCUGAAAAAAACUCGUGAUGAAGCAUUAUUUACUGUUAAAAAUGUUUCUCAAAGCAGAGAAGCAAAAAAUGGUAGCAUAAUGAGUAGUGUAUGGCUGUGUGACAAUGGACAUACAGUGACUUUUCACCCUGAUGGUUCUGGUAGAAUUUUACACACUACUACUCAUAACAUUCAUUGCUAUAAACUUUUCAAUACAUCUGGAGCAUCAGAGUUGAAAGAACUCUAUACAAUGGGGUUUUCUGCUUUAUCAACAAAAACAGACAUUUUCAGUUCCUUUGGUAGGAAAUAUAGUAAAAUCUAUCCUGUUGCUUCAGUAUCUGAUCAAUACAUUCUAGCUGCAGAUUAUGAAGAUGAAUUAGAAUUGUUUGCUAUAUUAGGAAUUUCGCCUAAAAAUUCUAAAUCAGUCGGAUUUGUCAAAUUGUAUGACAAUUUAACGGGAGCAGAAGUGAAGUGUAUUAAUCUUAAAAAAUAUCUUUGUGAUACAAACCACUAUAGUCUUGAUAUUGAUCUUGAUUCAAUAAUUAUCAUUGAGAAAGAUUUACAGAGAAAUUUUUCUGUAUUUUUGUAUCAGUUGUAUCCACUUAGUCCAAUUGUAUAUCGGAGUAUCACUGAUUCAGAUUAAUUUGUAUUAAUUGAUACUGAAAAUAUGUUUUACCCUUUUUAUUAGUUUACAUCAAUGUAGAUUCCAAUUUAACGGAUUUCUUUGAAAAAGAAAAAAAAAACAGCUUUGCAAUUUCAUUAAAAAAAGUGAAGAGUAUAAAUCUUUAAAAAAAAAUUUGAUACAAGCCAUUAGUCUUCAUAUUGAUCUUGAUUCAAUAAUUAUCACUGACAAUAACAUGAAAUCAUAUUUUUUUAUUAGCUCUGCUGUAUUUUUAUGAUAUUUUUUAUAAUUUGUAUAUCAAUAGAAAUAAUUUGUCUUCAUAUUGAUCUUGAUUCAAUUAUUAUCAUUGACAAUGGCAUCAAAAUUAUCUGGUAUGUUUUUAUUAAUUGCUGUAUUUUUAUUGUGUAUAUAUAUUUUAAUUUUGUGUAAAACAAACAGUAUAUCUUUUAUAGAUGUUAUUAGGUUUUCUCAAACCUAGAUCUAAACUCUUGUUAUUUUACUACAAAAAUGUGAAGAAUAUAAAUUUUUCACAAAUAUUUUUAUUACAAACCAUAAAGUCUACAUAUUGAUAUUAAUUUAAUGAUUAUCAUUAGGAAAGAAGUCAAUGAAAUUAUUAUUAUUAUUUUUUAUAUUUGUUGUGUUAUAUCAAGUAAUAUGAAAAAUAAAUUUCAUACUUAUUAUUAGAUUCAUUAAAAUAUAAAUUCAGUAUCAUUUAGGUUUGUUUAAUUUUAAAGAAGUUUCACAGGAAUAAAUAAUGAAAUGUUUAAGUUUGGAGAAAAAUCUUUAUGAUACUGAAACUGAGAAAAUCAAUGUAAUCUCAAUAUUAAUCUUCAUUCAAUAAUUAAUAUUGAGAAAGACUUAAGGAAAGUUCUUCUGUAUUUUUUAAAUCAGCUGCAGACCUGAUACUUUAUGAAACUAUUGGUAUCAAUAAAGAAGAACUAUUUUUUAUCAA